UUAACUGACACAAACAUAACCUAUCUAAAUUUGAAAAUUUAAAAACAAACAUCUGUUGAACUUUACGGUACCAACUAUCAGUAAUUAUUACUCAACAAAAUGAAUGCUACCAGAAUAGGAACACCUAGCGGUUCCAAUAUAACAAUCAAUCGUGAGCUUCAGGAGAAACUAUACACGAAUAUUGCUCUCCUAAAUAUAGUCCAUGAACCUUCUACUGAAUUUAAGACUGUUUUCAAAAAAGAUAUGUUUGCCAAGAGCAAUAAAGCAGCUUUCUUACAUGUUAUCCAUUAUUUAUUAACUGUUCUGAAUCCUCAAAUGGCGAAAGAAAAACUGGUUACAUGGCCCACAGGUAAUAUAAUAAAUCGAGAGAAUAAAUUUAGAAAAGAAGUACUCCAAUUUCUAUCUGAGCUAAAUAAGACAUAUGAAGAUGCUGAUUUACCCGUAAUGAUGUCCUCACAUCUACUUGCCCCAGGAGGCCAUAGAUUCAUCCAUUUCAUGUACAAAUUAUCUCAACUAGUAUUAUUCGAAGAUUUGAAAAGAGAAUACCCUGUGGAACUGCUACACAAACCUAAAGAUAGUAAAAAUGAAGAAUUAAAUGAGAAAGUAUAUCAAAACCUUAUGAAAUGUACUCAAGAAAUAAAUAAUGAAUCAAGUAAAGCAAUCGAUAAAUUCUACAGAAGCUUUGAAAUGUUCAAAACGGAAGCUGAAAAAACUAUAGAAGAAAAAUAUACAGUUCAUCAAGAAUUGAAGGAAAUUAAUGAGGAAAUCGUAACUGAGGAAAGUAAGCUUAUGGAACAUAAAUUAUCAGAUGAAGAAGUGGAUAUAAAAUUAAAUGAGAUACAUGAAAAAUUCAAAACAAUUGAAAAAAUCAAUAAUAAUUAUAACGAGUGUAAAAAUCUUAUAGGGCAUUUAAAGGAAAAUUUUGACGAUAGAGAAACAUUAGAUCUUGCAGAAGCACUGAAAAUAACUGAUAUCAAUUUGAGAAGAAAGUUAUCAGAAUUGCCAGAGUUUGAUAUUCAUGAGUUGGAAUCACACCUUCAAGCGUUAGAAGAAAGAAAAAAAGAAUUACAACAAAUUGAAAAGCAUUUAAAGUUUGAACAAGAAUCAUUUGUUGAAGCUCUGAAUAUGUCAGAAGUUUUGUUGAAAGAUAUUCUCGAAGAGCUCAAAGAUUGAAAUUAGUUUAGAGGAAAAUAAGCAAUUGUAUAUAUUUUUGUUGUAGAUUAUAUGUAUAUUUAUAUUCCUAAGUUUUCUGAAUAUAGAAAACGCUGCUUGAAAUCCUAUUUUAGUUUUAUGCAUUGAGCCAGUGCUUUAAUUCAUUUCAAAACAAUAUGAAAUGUGCAGAUACAUAUUCACAAUUCCACAUCAAAUGUUUGUGCCAUUUCAUGAAAUGCAGAUUUGCAUAAGAAAAUUCUAAUAUUACUUACUCAAUCAAGUCAAAAAUAUUUCUAUUAUAAUUUGAGUAGUUGAAAGUUGUGAAGUUUAGUAAUUUAAUAAAGUUAUUAUAUAAGUUGAAGAAGAAAUA